GAGAGGACGACGACAUGGCCUAUAGGAGGUGGGGUAGUAGUGGACAGUUGGGCGGGUUUCAUAACCUGCAUAUUAUACGACCGCCCGAAUCGAUUGGCAGGUACACAAUGAUCAAGCACAAUCACCGACCCGAGUCGCCCAACAAUGUUAGGUCUGCAUUACUCCGUAUGGCUAAAAGGCGAGCAUUUCGUGAUGGACUCGGAUCUGUUAGCAUGAAAAUAAUAUUUGCUUUUUAUAUAUUGUUUAUAUCACUCAUUAUAUCGGAUGAGGAAAGGGAUGACAUUCAAAGGCUGGGCUCAAAGUUACUGUUCAUUGGUAUUAACGCC